CUUAGUCUGUAACGCAAGCUUUCGAGUCGCCAUAGUUGGACUUUAAGAUAGAGUGUAUAUCCUAUGCUAAGUAGCAUUUAGGUUCAUAAAAAGAAAUGAGUUCUUUCGGGGUCGAUUUUCCAAUGGCGGAUCAGGGCCCAUUCAGUCCGACUGUUACUUCGAAUUUGGCUUCUGGAUCUGGAAUGUUUCACCAUGAUGAUCUGAAGGGAAUGCAAAAACUGGUGACAAAUGGCCUGUCUAAAGAUGUGUCUAAUCAUGUGCCUCACAAAACAAAAUCUGGAAUGUCUAGUUCUAGUAAAUCAGACAUCAAAAUGAUGAAGCCUGGUGAGAAUAAAGACAAUAACAACAAAGUUCAUUCACAUAAAACCAGUUCUAGUAAACAUCAUGAAGACAAAGUUUACUUAAAACAUUCUUCAAGCUCAAAAGAAAAUUCAUCUAAAGUUAAAUCUAUAAAACAUAAUGACUCUUCUAAACAUAAGGAAAAAAGUGAUUCCUCUAAACUUAAGGAAAAAUCUCAGGACAAAGAAAAAGUAAAUUCAACUGGGCAUAAAACCAAAGAAGGAAGUGUGAAACCCAAAGAAUCAAGCAGCAAACCAAAGGAUUCAUCGUACAAGUCUAGUGAUGGUGUUUCCUCAAAAAUUGGUGAUAGUGCAAAAAAGGAUUUCAAAUCAAAAGAUAUUUUAAAAAGUGAAGGAACCAGUAAGAAAGAAGGGGUAAAGUUAAAGGAAAAUAAAGAAAGCCAUAAAACCAAAGAAAGAAGAAGAGAAAUUCAGAGAAGAAAAGCACAAAUCUAGUGAAUAUAAAGAGCAUGAAUCAAAAGAGAUGAAUGACAAACAUCAUGGAGAAAAGUCAAAGCAUAGUUCUUCAUCUGAAAAACUUAAAACUGGGAGCAACAAGAUUAAAGAUAUUAGUGAAAAAGAAAAGAUUAAAGUGAAAGAAAAUAAUGAGAAAAACAAAUUGAAGAACAGAGAACAUGGAGAAAAAAAAGAUAUAUCCAAAGAAUUUGAAGAAGGAAGAGCAGGAGGAGAUGCCAGAAUUGAUGUGAAGAAAAAGAUUGUGCACACCGAUAAGAUAGAACGCUCUAGCCACAUUGUGAAAGAAGAAAGUCCUCUGAAAAUAAAGAUAAAACGUGAACCAGAAGGUUCAGUAAGUGAUGAUGAUGUUCCUUUGGCAGCGAGGACAGUUGUGGCAGAAAAAACCAAAGAAGUGAAAAUUAAGAGGGAAAGAGAUGGUGAUUCAGAUGAUGAGCCACUAGCUGCACGAGCAGAAAAGGUUAAGAAAAUUAAGGUUGAACACUCAGAAGAAAAAAUAAAAGUAAAGACAGAAAAAAAAGAUAAACACAACAAGGAAGCAGAGAACAGAAAAAGAAAAACAGAGGAUGAGGAUUUAAAGCCUAUUAAAAAAGUGAAGAAAGAAGACAAGAAGAUAAAAAAGGGAUCCACAGAAACAAGCAGCUCAAGGAAAUCAGGAAAACAAAAAGAAGAGCAAGAAGUUUGGAAAUGGUGGGAGGAAGAAAAACAUGCAGAGGGUGUAAAAUGGAAAACACUUCAGCACAGUGGUCCUGUCCUUGCACCACCUUAUGAGCCUCUACCAAAAUCAGUCAAGUUUUAUUAUGAAGGUAAACAUAUGGUCUUGAGUCCAGAAUGUGAAGAAGUAGCAGGGUUUUAUGCCAGAAUGCUGGAGCAUGAAUAUGUUACCAAAGAUGUUUUCAACAAAAACUUUUUUAAGGACUGGAGGAAGGUAAUGACCCAAGAAGAAAAAGAAAAGAUCACAGAUUUGAAGAAGUGUAACUUCAAGGAAUUAGCAGAAUAUUUUAAAGUCAAGUCAGAAGAGAGAAAAAACAUGUCUAAGGAAGAGAAAGCUGAAAUAAAGAAAAAGAAUGAAGAAAUCCAGAAGGAGUAUGGAUUUUGUAUCAUUGAUGGACACAAACAGAAGAUUGGCAACUUCAAAAUUGAACCUCCUGGUCUAUUUCGUGGGCGUGGGGAACACCCAAAAAUGGGCAUGUUGAAGAAACGUGUUCGUCCUGAAGACAUAAUCAUAAACAUUGGAAAGGAAGCUAAUGUCCCCAAGCCACCUGAAGGACGCAAAUGGAAAGAGGUUCGACAUGACAACACUGUUACUUGGCUUGCUUGUUGGAAUGAAAACAUCCUGGGAGCCACCAAGUACAUCAUGUUGAACCCCAGUUCAAAGCUGAAGGGGGAGAAAGACUGGCAGAAGUAUGAGACAGCACGAAAACUAUAUAAACAUGUUGACAGAAUAAGGAAUGAGUACAGAGAAGACUGGAAAUCAAAAGAAAUGAGAGUGAGGCAACGAGCUGUGGCACUGUACUUUAUUGACAAGCUUGCCCUUCGAGCUGGUAAUGAGAAGGAAGAGGGGGAGAGUGCUGACACCGUUGGUUGUUGCUCACUCCGUGUGGAACACAUUACUUUACAUGAUGAGCAAGAUGGUAAAGAGUUUGUGGUAGAGUUUGACUUUCUAGGUAAAGACUCGAUUCGUUAUGUUAACAGCAUUCCUGUAGAGAAACGUGUAUUUAAAAACCUGAAACUGUUCAUGGAAAACAAACAGCCUGGUGAUGACCUGUUUGACCGUUUGAAUACAAGCAUAUUGAAUAAAUAUUUAAAUGAGCUAAUGGAAGGCCUAACAGCCAAAGUCUUCAGGACUUUUAAUGCCUCAAGAACACUGCAAGAACAACUUCACCUCCUAACAGAAGAAAACAUGUCAAUCCCUGAAAAGAUUCUUGCUUACAACAGAGCUAACCGUGCCGUAGCUAUCUUGUGUAAUCACCAACGGGCAGUUCCAAAAACUUUUGAUAAGUCCAUGCAGAAUCUGAAGAGCAAGAUUGAAGAAAAAGAGAAGCAGAUCAAGGAUUUCAAAAAAGAGUUCAAGAAAAUUAAGCAAGCAUACAAAGACAGCAAUGCUAGUAAAGAUAAAGUACUGUUGGAUCGUAAGAAGAAACGAAUGGCACAGUUAGAAGAUCAACUAAGAAAGUUAGAGGUACAGGCUACUGACAAAGAAGAAAAUAAACAAAUAGCACUCGGCACCUCUAAGUUGAACUACUUGGAUCCAAGAAUAAGUGUUGCAUGGUGCAAGAAGUGGGAUGUGCCAAUUGAGAAGAUUUAUAAUAAAACUCAGAGAGAAAAGUUUCUUUGGGCUAUUGAAAUGGCAGGACCAGACUUUCAAUUUUGAAGAUUUUUUUAGAUUAAUAGGUCCUUACAAAAAAAUAAGUAACUGGCAGUGCAACUUAAUAUUCUUUUAACCCAUUUAUAUACCUGUAUGUUUGUGGUGUCACUGGUCUUUUAUCUAGUGGUCUUAAUUGUGCAACUGACAAUAUUGAUGCACAACCAAUCGAAACUGUGGUCCAUGACAAAAACAAAACAUCCGUUUCUUAUGUGGCAUUCAUCAAAAAUGUUUCUGAACAACUAAAACAUGAUUGUUUCCAAGAUGUACAGUUAUAUUGACACGAAUCUCCAAGAUCGUUGAAGCUUGUUCUUUAUUACCAGGUAUUCGUGGGUUAGGACAUAUUUAAGGAAAUUAUAGUUAGCUCUUAAUGCCAUUAAAAUAGUCAUAUCAUUGGAGUAAUCACUUCUUAUUAGUUUUCAAGUUAUGAAUGUCAAAAAAAAAGGAUUUAAUCCUUUAGGUUCUAAUGUAGUAAACAUCUGUGAUUUUUCCACAUGCUAUGACAUCAAGCAAUAUAAUACAUUUUUGCCAGAAGAUGUCUCUCAGAGUUGGUAAUGCUGUAGAAAAAUUGUAAAACCUACAAUUGAAUUAUUUAAUGAACUGUAGAAACUAAAUGGCCCAAUCUCUCAUUGUUGUAAUUACAGUAAAAUGACUCGAUUUUUUUUUGCAUAUGUAAUUGAUGUCUUAAUCUGUUUUCUUGAUUUACUUGUCUUUAAAGAAGCAAUGCAUCAAGCAAUAUAAUAAAUUUUUGCCAGAAGAUGUCUCUCAAAGUCAGUAAUGCUUUAGUAAAAAUUGUCACACCUACAAUUGAAUUAUUUAAUGAACUGUAAAGACUAAAUGGCCCAAUCUGUUAUUGUAAUUACAGUGAAUGUCUUGAAAUUUUGCUUAUUUAUAUGAUGUUUUAAUCUGUCUUCUUGAUUUACUUGUUUUUAAAGAAACAACACAAUAAAGUCUUUAGUUAAUGGUGUAGGUAACUACACGGGGGUUUGAUUUAUAUCAUCUAAUUGAAUGUUAAUCAAUGUAAGGAAUUUGUAUAAUGGAUACUAGUAUUUAUGUUCUCAUGUGUUUGUUGAUUGUUCUGCUACAUAUUACUCAGGCUUUGUUUGGUAUGUUGUGAAAUGUGAGGAUUCAGGUUGCCUAUUGUAUCUGCAAUUAUAUGUGUUGAAAGUGUGCAUUAGAUUCUGAAGAUUGAACGAGUUCAUUGUUUUAUAGAAUAUUCGUGAAAGCAGAAGAGAUAUUUAUACUUUCAGGUAGUUGUACUGAACUUUAAUGAAGAUACAGACAGAUUUUAAGAAUUUUUCUGUGAUCACAAGUAUGAGGAUAAUGCUUUCAAGUUUCAGCUUUAUAAAGCCGUGUGUUAUAUGAUUAUUUUAUUGGUUCACCAUUAGAGAAGAUGUGGGUAGAACAAGAAGCUGCACAGUGGGUUUAAAGCUAUUCUAUAAAAAUGUAAUUUAAAGAUGAAAUUAAUAUGUUGAACUGAUAGUAAUUAUACAAUAAGUAAUUUUGUGUUUUAUCACAGAUAAUCUAAUGAAAAAUAUAUAUUUACAGAGAAUCUGAAAUCAGGUAUUGUUAUAUUUCAUUUGACGAGGUAAAUUAUAUGAAAUGUGAUCUUUUAAUGACUUUAGUGAUCUGCAGAUGUAGGAAUCUGUUGUAACUGAGUUGUUCUCACUUGAAAAUAUCCUUACUAUGAUAUAAUACAAAAAAAGAUCUUUUAUUCACAAAAUUACAGCAUUUUCAGAAACUUCCUUGUUUACAUUAUUAGCUUUGUUUGUCAGCAGUGUAGUACAUUGCUAAUCUCUACUAAUACAUGUUUAGUUAUCUUUAAAAGGGAGUGCAGAUUCAGAAAGUGAAAAUAGUGGGGUAUCAAAAGUUACUGUCAAUUUUACUCGCUGGUAUAGCCUAAAAAAAUGCUAUAUUUUUAGGUAAUAUCUAUGAGUAUGUAAAUUAAGACACAGAAGCAGGAUCAUUCAAUCCACGUUUGUUUCUUAUUUUGUUCACAAGGUUUUCGGUUACAGUUUUAGCAACUAAUUCAGUCUACCAACUAGCUGGCAAAAGAAGUUGCUGACAUUAUCAACUGAAGCUUGGGAAUGAAAUAAGAAAAAAUUUUAAAAAUUUUAUGGACAGUUUGUUAUGAAAGUGAUAUAUUAGAAAGUUGGCCUGAUGUGAUUUGAUUGAUUUUAUAAAUAGAGUUGGAAUACAAUCCAGUAUUUAUUCUAGAUAUAAAUGUUCAGAAUUAUAGAACUAACUAUGAAUUCUAAUUCAUAUUUUAGUUUGUAAUUACAACUGUUGCUGAACAUUUUGCUAGAGAUGCAAAUUUACCUUGUUUUAUAUAUUGUUCAUGUGUUUUAUAUCAAAUUCGUUAUGCUUAGCCUUUGUAAAGGUUGAAAAAGCACAAUAUUUUUCCCAAAUGUUUAAAAACCUUUCUAUAAUUAUGGAUUUUAAUUAUGACAUGACAUUUGCCAAGUAAAAUGUGUAAAAACAUGAGAAGUUCAUGUAAAAACAAAAUUAGCAAAAUUAUAAUUUUGCAUGAGUGAAACUGGAUGAAUUCUAAUGGCAAAAUGCUCCCACUGUCCAGCUUCUUGUAGUCAUAUAAAUAUGUUCUUGCCAAUCAUUGUUUUUUUAUAUAUAUAUAUUGGGAUUUUUAUUCCUUUUAGCAAACAUUUAGUGUAUGUGAUGCACAAACACUUCAAAUUAAACAAAUUUGCAGACAUCAUGUGCAUGGC